UCACUGACUGUAGUGAUGGAUCAGACGAACAAUGCACUGGCCGAAAGUGUGCACACUACGAGUUCACUUGUGCUAAUGGAAAGUGUCUUGAUAAAUGGAGACGUUGCCGUUGGGGAGAUAACUGUGGUGAUGGUUCAGAUGAACAGCAGUGUCGUAAGUUUGUUAUUACUGUCACCGUUGUCCAAAUGGUGCAGUCGCCUUUCCUAUGGGCUGAUGGCUAACUAUUCAAGUUGUGCUGUAGUAAUCAGGUCGAGAUACAAACAAAUAUUGGGAGCUGUCUCUCCUCCUUCUCUCUUUUUCAAUGAAUCGAAUAAUUAAUAACUUUAACUAUAAUAUGGACCAAGUAGGCAAAAUUAAGCUUGUUCUUAUUGUUGUUACUAUCGACAAUUUAGUAUGUUUUUCUUCAGUUUCCAUUUCAUUUUUAUUAUUUAUUUA